AUGUGGAACUCUACACCGGAGAGUCCACACGAAGCCACGGACAUCAGCAGCGUGAUUCAUGAGGAAGAUUUAGCAAUAGACAGCGUGAUUCCUGAGGAAGAUUUAGCAAUAGACGGCGUGAUUCCUGAGGAAGAUUUAGCAAUAGACAGCGUGAUUCCUGAGGAAGAUUUAGCAAUAGACAGCGUGACUCCUGAGGAAGAUUUAGCAAUAGACAGCGUGACUCCUGAGGAAGAUUUAGCAAUAGACAGCGUAACUCCUGAGGAAGAUUUAGCAAUAGACAGCGUGAUUCCUGAGGAAGAUUUAGCAAUAGACGGCGUGAUUCCUGAGGAAGAUUUAGCAAUAGACAGCGUGAUUCCUGAGGAAGAUUUAGCAAUAGACAGCGUGACUCCUGAGGAAGAUUUAGCAAUAGACAGCGUGACUCCUGAGGAAGAUUUAGCAAUAGACAGCGUGACUCCUGAGGAAGAUUUAGCAAUAGACAGCGUGAUUCCUGAGGAAGAUUUAGCAAUAGACAGCGUAACUCCUGAGGAAGAUUUAGCAAUAGACAGCGUGAUUCCUGAGGAAGAUUUAGCAAUAGACAGCGUGAUUCCUGAGGAAGAUUUAGGUGUAUGA